AUGGGCUGGUUACCCGAGGGAAACGCCACCUCCCCUCGCGACACCUUCCAUCAGCUCUCCCCUUCCGCCAAACCCUCCGCCCACUCCGCUUCCGCGCACGUCCUCUCCGCCUUCCGCUGCACGCUCCCCGCCAUCGUGCUCGGCGCGCUUCUCUUCGGCAAUCUCCUCCUUUUCUCCGCCAACCCCCGCCUCUGGCCCGCCUGCCCGCCCGACCGCGACGCGGUCGACGCGCUCGUGCUCGCGGGGCUACAGCCGGGCGACGCUAGCGGCGGCGGCGCGCUACAGACGGUAGGGGCACUACAGCCGUCUGUGUCGGUUGUAGUGGAACGGCCCGCGGAUGGCGCAGGCGGUGCAGGCGGCGAGAGCGCCGCGGCGGGUGACGCGCCGGAGUGGUGGCGGGAAAAAGAUAGCGCGAAUGCGCCAACUGGCGGAAAGGGCGGCGGAACUCCCCGCCUUGCGUACGGCAUUCUCGGCGCGAAAAACGACAGCGCGCGCGUCGUGCGCCUCUUACUCGCCAUAUACCAUCCGUUGAACCACUACGCCGUCCAUAUCGACGACCCGGAGGAAACUCUCGCGCUAAAGACAAAGAUCGCCGCCCACCCCGCGCUCUCGAGGCGCGCGAAUAUUGUCGUGAUUCCGGACCCCGAAGUAGUCACGUACCAGGGGUCGACGCUGCUGUCCGCGACGCUGCGCCUCGCGCAUGUGCAUAUAGCGAGCGGCGCGCAGUGGGACUGGUUUAUCAACCUGAGCGCUGCGGAUUACCCGUUAAUGUCACAAGAUGACAUGCUGUAUCUCUUCUCGCACGUGGAUCGCAGCCUCUCGUUCAUGGACCACAGCGUCGAGCACCGAUUCGACUACCGGCAGCGUGCAGUGAAUCUGGACAGGGCGCUGUUCCAGGCGCACAGAGGGCACAAGCUCAUGCGGGACGUGCGGCCCGCUGCUACUCGCUUCCACGUCUUCAUGGGCUGCAACUGGAUCAAGGCGUCGCGUCCCUUCCUGCGCUACGUGCUAUGGGAGCCCGCCAGCUGGCCGCGCCGCAUCCUCAUGUACAUGGCUGACGUCAUCGACUCGGACGAGCACUACUUCAGCACCGUCGCCUGCCAGACAGCCCGCUUCAACCAUUCCCUCCUUAACGCCAGCCUGCAUUUCGCCACCUUUGCCAAGGGCAGCCCGCACUCCCUUGAGAUGAACGACUCGUUUUAUGAUGCCUUCACCACUGGCGUCUUCCUCUUUGCCAGGAAGUUUCCUCGCGACUCCCCGACUUUGGAUAGGAUCGACAGGGAGCUUUUGCGGCGGCAGCCUGACAGCAUCACCCCUGGUUCCUGGUGCUCUCUCCCUGCCUCCUCUGCUCCGCCUUCCACGUUCCAUUCACCAUCUGGUGAUGGCACCACUGACAGCACCAGCGGCACCACUAGCAACAGCGGCAACAUGUCCCUCGGGGGAACCACGGGCGACAACACGCGCCUGCUUGGGCAGGCUCCAGAGGAGGAGGACGAGAUGCGGGCGGAGGGCGUGAGGGAGGUGUCAGUGGCCUCCGGCCUGGAUGUGUUGUACCAGGAGACCCCCAACUACCGCGGAGCGGCGGCUGAGGCUGACCGCAUGAUCGAGCCUAGGGAGACGGCUAGGCAUGCUUGGCGAGUGCUAGACCUGGAUGUUAGGGAGCCUGUUCUUAGUGCAGGUGAGGAGGCCGUGACUGAGUAG